GAGAUAACAUAUGGUAAAAAUGAUAAGCUUGUCGGCUAGACGUUCUUCUGGCAGAAGUACAUAUGGUUAAAACCAAAAUUAUGAGUUAAGGCAGCAAUUUUCAAGUUUUCCUUUUAAAAAACCGACAUUGAGAGUUGACCCAAAUGUUGGGAUGGCAAUGUUUGUCGCUUUUGGCAGGAGAGUCAAAAUCCCCCUGCAGCAGGAUUUUCAAUCCGGGUCCAAACGAAUGCAGUGUUUCUGUACAAGGUGCAUAAGCCAGUCAUAUUACGAUAUACUUAAAGUACCCCAGACUUGUAGUUCUAAAGAUGUCAGGGAGGCGUUCAUCAAUCUUUCAAAGAAGAACCAUCCUGACAAACAUCCCAAUGAUCCUUCAAUGCAUGAAAGAUUCAUACAGAUAAAUGAAGCUUACACCGUAUUAAUAAACCCAACAUCGAGGAGGGCAUAUGAUAUGACUUUGAGCCAUAGAAAGAAACUAGAGGCUCCUUACACUAGACCUAACUACCAGUAUUAUCAGUACAGUGCUUCUAACUACAAUCAGUACCAUCAAAAUCAGCAAAAUAAACGAAACCAGUAUACUUAUAACAGCAGCCAGAAAGCGAAUUCAUCGAAUGCUUCAGAUGAUAGCUCAAGUUACUAUUCUUACCAAUGGGAAAGUGAUGCGAGAACAAACACUGGUGAAAAUAAUACUUACAAUGAAGUCAAAGGGGUUAAACGAAUUUCAAAUGCAAUGUUUCUCUCGAUUUUUUUGUUUAUAUCUUUCUUUACCUUUGGAAUACAGAUGAUCGCCUUAAGAAGUCAUACAAUUAAAUCAAGAGAACAGAUGUUAGAAAAGAGCCGUAGAUACAGUAUGAUGCACGCAAUGGCGAAGGAGAAAGUGAGAUUAUAUGGGAGUAAACAUCAAAUCGAGAUGCUAAAACGGUCAUUGUCGUCAACCUUUGAUGUUUCUGAAUCUGAUGAAGAUCUGCUUUACGGAGUGGCCGCGCAAGAAGAAAGGACAUGUUCUGAAAACACAAACCAACAGCAGGUGGCUCCAGUUCUCAACACUGUAGAUGCUGAGAGCGACAGUCAAGUACUGCCUCCUCCCGAGGCAGUACCACAGCCAAAACCAUGCCCUGAGAACACUUGUAAAAAAUGUAAAAAGGCUAAGGUUAAAUUUGAAAGUCAACCCCAGAGUAUGUCAUAAUAAAUUCUAUCUACACAUUUAUAAAAAUCCUUAAAAAAAAAAAAAAAAUGUUUUGCCUUUCCUUGUAAAUAAAUUGUCAUUAAAUAGUUAUACAUAAACAUUUUUAUUUUUUAAACUAUAAGAUUGUUAUUAAAGUUGAUUGUGUUACUAUUAUAUAUUGUUUGCGUGAUUUCAAAAAUAAUAUAAUACUCAAAUAAAACAAAAUUUUAAUAUGUGAUCAAAAA